AUGGUUGCUAAGAUGGUUGCUAAGAUGGUUGCUAAGAUGGUUGCUAAGAUGGUUGCUAAGAUGGUUGCUAAGAUGGUUGCUAAGGUGGUUGCUAAGGUGGUUGCUGAGGUGGUUGCUAAGAUGGUUGCUAAGAUGGUUGCUAAGAUGGUUGCUAAGAUGGUUGCUAAGAUGGUUGCUAAGAUGGUUGCUAAGAUGGUAGCUAAGAUGGUAGCUAAGAUGGUAGCAAAGAUGUUUGCUAAGAUGGUUGCUAAGGUGGUUGCUAAGAUGAUGGCCACUAAGAUGAUCCGACCGGCGGCCUGUGUAGAAGCCGUGUUAGCUAACCUCGAGCGGUAG